AUGUUGUCCGCGUCUUCGUUUACCGGCGUCAAGGUGUGCGCGCGCGCGAGCCAAAACAACCGCACGCGCGGUGCGCGCCAAAGCGUGCGCGUCAGCGCGAACGCCAAGGUGGACGCGUGCGAUAAAAACAGCAUCAUCGUGUCCCCGAGCAUCCUGAGCGCCAACUUCGCGAAGCUCGGCGAGGAGAUCCAAGCGAUCGAUAAGGCUGGCGCGGAGUGGGUGCACGUGGACGUCAUGGAUGGGAGAUUCGUGCCGAACAUCACGAUCGGACCGUUGGUCGUGGACGCGAUUCGACCGGUGACGGAUAAGGUGCUGGACUGCCACUUGAUGAUCGUGGAGCCGGAGCUUCGCGUGGCGGAUUUCGCGAAAGCGGGCGCGGAUAUCAUCUCCGUGCACGCCGAAGGCGCGGCGACGAUUCACUUGCACCGCACAAUCAACCAAAUCAAGGAUUUGGGGUGCAAGGCGGGCGUCGUGCUCAACCCGGGGACGCCCGUGAACGUGCUCGAGUACAUCAUCGAAGAGGUCGACUUGAUCCUCGUCAUGUCCGUCAACCCGGGCUUCGGCGGUCAAUCGUUCAUCGAAUCUCAAGUCGAGAAGAUUGCGCAAAUCAAGAAAAUGUGCGUCGCCAAGGGUGUGAACCCGUGGAUCGAAGUCGACGGUGGCGUGUCCCCGGCAAACGCGUACAAGGUGAUCGAAGCCGGCGCCAACGCCCUCGUCGCCGGCUCCGCCGUCUUCAACUCUCCGGACUACGCCGCGGCGAUCGCGGGCAUCAAGGCCAGCAAGCGCCCGGGUGCUUAA